GGUACGAGCAGCUAAGCAUUUCUCUCUCUCUCUCUCGUAUAUAUAUAUUAUUUCCCAUUUUCCUCAUUUACAUAUAAACUAUUCAACCUUCAAACUACACGUGAUCACGACCAUGUAUACCAACAUGGCCUCCAAAACUCCCAUCUUGACUAACAAAGCCCCCAAGUCAUAGUCUCCAAUGAUGUCAUUUACUGCUCCGGCGCGGUCACCAUGGACCCUGAAACCGGCAGGAUCGAUGACGGAGAUAUUCACCCACAAGAUACCAGAGUAUAGUACUGAGAGGCACCAGCAUCAAUGUAUCAAGAACCUUUCCCAUUUCCUUGAAGCCGCAGGCAGUGGUAUCAUGAGGGUUCUCAAGGGAAAUGUGUUCUUGUCUGAUAUGGAUAACUUGGACGAGCUGAAUUCCAUCCAUAUGCAGUACUGGGGUGAUGUGAAGCCCUGCCGGACAUAUGUGGCUGUUAAGACGCUACCCUUGAAUACAAAUAUGGGGAUUGAGUGUAUUGCUGCUGUUUGAAUUAGACUCUCCCGCUUGGGCAAAG